AUCUCACCGUCUCUCUUCCUCGCUCUCUCUCUCUCUUUCCCUCUCCCUCUCUUUCUCUCGCGCGCGUAGCGCCCAAUAAAAUGCCCAUGUAUUUGUGAAAUAUCGUGACCGUGCGCGACCAUCGGCGCGACGACGACGUUCGUUUCGCUGUCCCUUACGACAGAACCAAGAAGAACGAUUGGCGAGGAACAAUAAUGCGCAUACCAGGUGCACCAAGACGGCAGUGCGAGCGACGAUAAUUCAGAUCUCAUAAAAUUGCUGUUAACAUCAUACUGUUUCACGGCCAACAUGAAUAACCCUUAUCGUGCUAGACCAACCAGGUCUCGAGUGGAUCAUUCGGCCGCUUAUGGAGUACAUAAUCAAAAUAUGUGGAUGCCCAUGCCGAGGCCACAAUCGGAUAUUUCGUCGUCAGCAACCAUCCAACAGCAGUCUGUCCCGAAUCAAUCAAAACAAAGCAACAAUACAUGGAAAGAUCCUUGGGAUUGGAAUCUAGACCAGCAAUCAUCGGAUAUUCAGCAACAGCAACAGCAGCAACCGCAGCAGCAACAACAUUACAUACCCUCCUACACGAAUCAGGGGCAAUUGAUAUCCAAUUCUAUCCAGGAUCAUUAUUACGAGAAUCUCAAUAACGACGUAUCCGAUGUACUUAAUCAGAACUCGGUGUCGGGUAGGAACACACCCAGAACAGAGUUCUCGCGUCAGACCGGUCCGAAUUACGCAGAUUCUUUCCCACCAUACACAAACUAUAAUCAAAAUCAGCAGUAUCCGUUGCCGCCUCGGCAGACUUCUGCCAAGGCCGCUGGUUAUGAGCAUCCUCAGUGGACCGACGAGCAGCAGCAACAACUGCCGAAUGUGGCUGCGUAUGCGCAGCAGAGAUUCGCGCCACCGCAGAGCCAAAAGGAGCCGGCAUCGAUAGUGCAUCCGUCGAGCGCGGCGUCGCAUAAUUACAACUGGAACAAGGAUGACUCGGCGAACCUGGCGUCGCAGCGUAACUGGCAGAAUUACACCGACAUGUUAGGUCAUUGGCAAGAUCCCACAAAGGACUUGCAGCCGGUCGACAAUGUGAAUAACAAGUGCGCGCAACCGCCGCUGCCACCGCAAAUGUACAACGCGCCUGCCGACGAGGUUAACAAGGAACAUUCCAUGAACCGGUCGAAUAGGCAGCAGAAUGCCAGUGAAGCGAGCAAUAGACCCACUGUCGCGUCUGGUCAAUGGAACAAUCGCGAGACAGCUGUGACAACCCAUCAGCCAGCGCAAUUGGCACCUAAUGACAUAGACGAGGCGUUCAACUCUUGGCCGCAAUCGCAAGCAGAUUGGAGAAAUAUGCAGAAGGACGUAUAUCCGAAUCAGUGGCUGCAACAGGUGACGGACAAGAAUACAUUCAACGAGGACAUGUCGCAGAACAACAUCGUGGCUGCUCGAUUCGCCGCGAACGACUGGCAGAUCAGCAGCCACCAGCAGAUGCUCGCAACGUCACCGUUUCACUACGUAUCUGCCGUACCAUCUACGACUGUAGAUAAUACUGUACAUACACCUGUCAACAAUGAACAGCAAGAAAACGAAAAGCAAGCGAUGGCAGUCACCGCGAGCACCGCGUCGCCGCACGAUUCGACGACCCCAGCGACGAAACCUAGCGACGUCAAGUCGCCGAUCGUAGGCGACCAUCGCAGUCUCAAUGUGACAACCGAUGAGAUCGCGUCGAAAAAUGACUCACUCUUUUCGAAGAACGUUCUUAGUGAAAACGACGACCACCACGCUUUUCUUUCUACGGUGACGGACGAGUUAUCCAGCAACCUUGGCCAACUUAGUAUCGAAAGCAAAUCGAGCAAGCACACGGCCGAUCACUCGGCCGAGUCAUUGGACGUGUAUUCCAACUCAAUGGAGGGAAGAGGUGCUCAACAUAUAGCUGCCAAUUUUAACGUCACAAACAUCCGAAACAAUUCCAUGCCCGACAAUAUGCCCGUGUUACCGCCGGAUUACGCGGCGAGCAGCGUGGAGAAUUCUCAUUCCGUUGACAGCCAGCCGUCGAUCGUCGCUCAGGAACACUUAAUACCGAAUACAUAUCAGAGUGGUGCUACUAAGAUAACGGACAGCGUCUCGCAAAGCGGGUAUGAUCAGUGGUACAAUCAGAGCGCGUUGCCAACCUCGUUGGGGAACACGUGGUACGCCAAGGAUUACGCGCGUCCACCCAAACAGUGGAAUGCCGAGCAAAAUGUGGAGAACUACGAGAAUAUCCAACAGACGUCAGACUUUGUGAACGUCGAGGUCGUCGCGCCCGCGGCAACCUUGCAAGAACGCGAUAUCUAUGGUUCGCGAGACUCCAUCAACAAGGAAACUCUGGAUAACGAGCCAAAGCCAAGCGCAAGUCCGAAGGAAGCGACGAACAUUCGGGACCUCCGGGAAGAGGCAAGUAACAUCGAGGUGCCGUCGGUGCAGCAACCGGCACGGCCUCAUCCACCUCUGCAGCCGGAACAGAUGCCAGACAAUUAUGAAUUUGCGUCGAACGACAGGAAUACAUUCUUGGAGACUGGUGAGCUAACGGACUCGCAUCAGGAACACGAGCCAACCCCACCGAGUCAGGACGACGAAAAUGACGAAGUGCCUAACGAUAUUCCAUUCCUGCGCGAAGUACCAGGCCAGUCGAGCACCAUUGAUCCACGUAGGAACGAUCCCACUGGACAAGAACAGUACGUGCAGACCGGACAACGGCUGUCCGAUCCCAGGAGGAACGAUCCUUCGGGUCAAGAACAGAGUGUGCAAGUGAGAAACAUAGCCGAUCGGGUGGAACGUCGCGACGUGCCACCAGGACAAGAAAGAAACGUGCCUCUGCUGUUGCGUGGUGACUCGGACACGUUGGAGCGACGGAACGAUCCUUCAGGCAGAGAGCGAUCCUUGCCGCCGCAACAGUCGCGCAACGAUCCGUCCGGAGAGGAGAGAUACCAGUUGCAGUCGCAGAUCAUGCUGGAGCCGAGCGAGACCCGCGAAGUACCCGGCAGGGGCAACGAGCUCGAAGAAGCAGCGCAGCAGACGGACGCGGAACUUCGGCAAAUUCCUGGCGGAGCGUCUUCCAACGACGUCGCGCAGCUACCGGACGACAGGACAGCCGGCCGAUUCGUCACAGGUUCCCAGGAGGUGGUAUCCUCGACGAUGUCCGCGAUGCAGCAAGAUCAAACGGCGGGCGACUCUCGUAGCAAGCGCGAAGAGGCGGUGGGUGCAUCCCAAGGUGAGAGCCAGGGCGUUCCCGGCCCGACCUCGAAUCGUCGAGACUCUUACGAGGAUGAAGACAACGAAGGCUCCGGCAACAGUCGGGAGGACAGCAGGGAGAGACGACGGGAGGCGGCGGCCAGUCCUGACCGUCGGAGAUACGAAUACGAUCGAAAGAACGCCUACUAUGAUCGUGACCGUGAAUACGAGGACGACUACUACUACGAUCGCCGGCGUGCAGCAGGCGACAGUGAUCGUCAGUACAACACCCGCGACGAUUUCGAACGCCGAGACGUCUCGUAUCGGGACGACGACCGCAAACAUCACAGUCGUGAUGAUCUGGACCGACAUGGCAGGGAAGACACGGACAGGAGAGUCCGAGGUAAAGAAGAUCUGGACGAGAGGGACAGCAGGAGAAGGCCGGAUGAUCGCAGAAGGGGGGACGUCGACCCACGUCGUCGAGACAGAGACACGAGAGACUACGAUCCGCGAUUUCUCAGGGAUCCUCGGGACUACAUGGAGCGCGAGAGACGAAGGGAUGACAGACGGCCGCGCAGAUACGAUGAUUAUGAUAUGAGGGAUCCGUACAGAAGAGACUACUACGAUGAUCCUUACGGAAGAAGUUCUAGACCUUCGAGUAGAUCUUCUUACAACGACAGGGACCGUGAAUAUUACAUGCGUGCUAGGGAUCCUUACUAUGCGUAUAACGGAUACGGCGGAUACGAUUACGGCGCUCAUUACGGUAACAAUUAUUACGCGUACCUCGAAAAUCUACGUCGGACGAAUCCUGCUGCCUACUCCGAAUGGUACCAUAAGUAUUACAGCAGUCAACAUCAGCAGCAGCACGUUAGAGGCGUCAGCAAUUAUCCAGAGGACAGAGCCAGUGUCCAUUCGGGUCGUAGUUCUUGCGAUGACAGGACCACCGGUGAUAAACGAACUCCAGGCGAUAUGUCACUGUUGGAGGAUUCUGCAAUUACUUCAGCUCGAGUAACACCGACUAAAUUCUCCACAUCUCACGCAUAUGGAUGUUUCUCUAUUGGAUCCUUGAUACAUGUUCAUCCCAGUUAUCCUGCCGACGGCGAGAGAGCUAAAGUGGACAUUUUCCGCAUAGACAGCCUGCUGUCGUAUGAUCCAAUCGCACGCGAUUUACGAUUGUACCCUGGACCCCUGAUUAAUGGUGUCACGCACAAAAAGACGAUCAUCGAAUAUUGCGAAAAUAAGAUUAAGAGAGCAACAAUGAGCGAGGAAUUGUUCGAUCGCGCUUCAUACAUUCUGCUAUACGAAUUAAUGAUUAUGCUGAUUCAACAGAAUGGGAACGUCGUUGGAGUCGAUAUCGCCACGCUCUUACUGCGUAACAAGGACGCUUAUCCGUACGACAUGAGCAAGCCUAAGUCCCAGGAUGUGGGUCGCAGAGAGUCCUUGAUAUCGCAACGAUCGGGAGCGACGGGUGGCGACGGAAGUACUCAAGAUAUUUCUAUACUUUCCGAUAAAACCGAGACCAAGCAACGAAAAACCAUAGAGCAAGUAACAGACGAGUUUAGAAAUACGUUACUUUAUGGUCUGGUUCAAGAAGCAUUAGAGUACGCGAUGAAUGAAGGACUCUGGGGCCAUGCUCUUUUCUUGGCUAGCAAAUUGGAUAAACGCACACACGCUUCCGUGAUGACUCGCUUCGCGAACAGCCUGUUACCGCAUGAUCCGCUGCAGACUUUGUACCAGCUACAUUCUGGUCGUGUGCCAGCUAUAGUUACGUGCGUCGCAGAUCCACGUUGGGAUGAUUGGCGACCUCACUUGGCCAUGAUUAUCUCCAAUACUUCGGCCAAUCCGGAAGUUAAUCGCCGAUCGAUAACAACCCUCGGCGAUACGUUGUCCACGAGGGGAGACAUUCACGCGGCACACUUCUGCUACAUUCUCGCGCAAAUUGACUUUGGGGCCUACGGAACCAACGGGGUCAAACUCGUAUUAAUCGGCGCGAACCAUAAUAAGCCGUAUUCCGAGUUUCUCACCACGGAAGCAGUUAUGCUAACGGAGAUCUACGAAUACGCUCGGAAUCUUAGCGAUCCGUGCUUUACACUGGUAGACCUGCAGAAAUUCAAGUUUGACCUGGUCGUAAAGAUGGUGGACUGUGGAUUGAUGGAGAAGGCUCUGUUAUAUAUCGAGCAGAUCGCGACCAAUAUCGCAAACGAUGUAUCAAAGUACGAAAGAUCCUUUAUCGAAGCUGUUUAUACGUUGGGCGACCGUAUCAAAUAUCACGAUCCAAUUUGCAAAGAUUCUAUCGAGGAUGCCGCCAAUUUAAUAUGGCUCAAUAAACUGGCGGAGAUAGUUGGAAAAUUCCAGGACGGAGAAAUAGCUGAUGUCGACAAAUAUAGCGCUCGUAUCGAUUCCCGCACUAAUAUGCAAAAUCAAGAGAUUCAAGAGAUGAAGCAACUGCAACAAUCGCAACAGCAGCAGCAACAACAACCGCCGUCGACAAUGUCGCAGCAGCAAUGGAGUGUUCAGUCCGAGUACGGCGAUGGGCCUACGUCGAUGAUGGAAGUCACUUCUGGCGGUGAAGUGAAGUCAGAAUGGCAACCUCUGUCUCUGCCCACAAAUAUUCAAGAAACUUGCGAUCCGAACGCGCAAUAUAUAAGAGGCAUGGACGAAUCCGCUCAAUAUCAGCAACAGUCGCAGCAGCCGGAUUAUUGGAAUCAGCAGUCGUAUUAUCAAGGCAAUUAUGGAAGGAAUGAGUCGUCCACGUCGUCUAACUGGCAGCAACAACCCACGCCAGGCGACCAGGCCGAAGUUGAUAACAUACAACAGCAAAAUAAAUGGAACUAUGAGGAAAGGGAGAGGGAAGACAAAACGCCCACCCCUGAACCUAUGCAGCCGACGAUCUCCAUGACGCCGUCGAUGAGUAAACAGUACGACCCGUUGGAGGAAUUAGACGCGCUCGAGUCGCCAAGAACGAGCGCGAAAUCCGAGACGAAGAAGACUGCCGAGAAAGCGGCCGAGAAGAAGUCCACUAGCAGCGGUAGCUCCUGGUUCGGCGGUUUGUUCAGUAAACUCGCACCAAAGCCGAAAAAUCAAAUGAUAUUGCCGGAUGAUAGUAACCCAACGAUCGUAUGGGAUCCUGUCGCCAAGAAGUGGAUGAACAAAGAUGAGGAUGGCGACAAUGCUGCUACGACGUUGGCACCACCACCGAAGGCAGCCGACGUGAAUUUCCGAGGAUCAGCAAUGGAACGCUGCGGUGCCGGUAGCGGCGGCGUUUCCCAGCCACUUCCACCGAAUGCUCACGAAGAUGCGCCAACGAUGGAUCCUCCGAAAUCGGUUCCUGGUAGCAAUAUGUUCAAGUUGCCAAAAGGCAGGAGUAUGCGCGCUAAUUACGUGGACGUGAUGAAUCCCGGCGGAUCCAAAAAUAGCACUGCAUCGUCCAACAUGCCCACGCCCGUGACGUCUCCGCUCGUACCGAUGGCUACCUCGUCCCCGCAAUUGUUUGUUCCCAUGCCAAUUAAUGAUCCGACUGCUCCUGUGGAUUUCUUAACUCCAGCAACAACGACACCAGCUGGGAACGUCGUCGAAAAUACACCGCAAACACUCUCUCGCUGGAGCUCGACCAGCUCGUUAUCACGAGAGGUGCAGAGUUACACAAUGAGGGAUCCGCGGCUCCUUCAACGGAACAAGGGACCAAUGAUGUUCAAUCCGAGUGACAUGAAGGAUCGUUCGGUGAAGAAUGUGCCAGCUACUAGCAGAUAUCCCCCGCGAUAAUUUUUGCGAUUGCUCACGUAAACGAUUCGUUACUAUUCAAAUUGCUAGAAAUUCUUAUUAUUUCUCAAUCGUGUUUUUAUAUAUUGUGAAUUUUCGUUUCUACGUGGAGCUCGACAACGACAGCGUCUGUAAAGUAAUGAUGACAGAAGACACGCAAAUGUCUACAUCGAUUUUUACGUUCACAUCCUCUGUUUUGCCGUUAUAUUUAACAUAUAUAGAGAAUUAAAGGAAAUAUGUUGGAAGACAUAUUCGAAGGAGCAUAUUUUCCACGCAAUAGAAGGAAAUAAUUAAUAAUGUUAUAGCAUCGGCGCGUGUCAUCUAAGCGUAAAAUAUAGUUCUAGAUUUAUCAGAGCCUCGAGUUUCUGUUGCUCACACUCCUCGAUGAAAAGUACGCGCUUUCGUCUGAGGGAAUAGUUUUCACGGAAUGUUUUGUAAUCACGAACGAAAGAAUUAACUUCAAAGUUGGACAUGUUGCUUUCGAUUUUCAUAUAUGCUCGUUUCCGUAAUUGAUAAUGAUUACUUAUGCAUUUGCAUAAUCGCAAAUUCGGACAGAUUAAUUGUUGUUAGAGAAAUGCGCGAGUGCAUUCCCGUUACUGUAUUCGCUUAGCUCCUAAGUAUUGUCAUCUUGUGUCGGAUUUGAUGACAUGCAAAGAUCGAAAUCCCACAAGUACGAAUUUGAACUUGCGCGAGUGAAAUGUAAAGAAGUUUUUACCUGCAAUUAUACAUAUAUAGAUAUCGUAUCUAAGUUGUACGAAAUAAAUAGUCCCUCAUUCCGAGCUGGUUUCGUAUGAUGAUAGCGAGAGUUAUAGCGCUAAUUGUGUGACGCAGAUUAUUGCGACGUUUGUUACAACACACAUGGCCUCGGAUUAUAUGUAUAUUUGUAUGUAUGUAUGUAUAUAUGUAUAUAUAUAUAUAUAUAUAUAUAUAUAUAUAUAUAUAUAUAUAUAUAUAUAUAUCUACCACACACAUAUAUAGAUAUAUACGUACACAUAUGCGUGCUGUAAUUCCAAGUCUGAUUUUAUAUGUCGAGGAGAAGCAUCGCGUGGAACCGGUAAAUACGAAGAUGAUGUUAUAAAGAUAUGAAAAUUUUAUCGACGAGAUGCAUGGAAGAUGUAUGGAAGUUAUCACGCAAGAGGAAUGUGUGUGUGUGUGUGUGUAUAAUAGAGAUAUUGUUAUCCACUUCGACAUCGGGCUACAUUACGCGAUAUAAUGAUAUACAAGAGAGAUACACCAAUAAUAAUACGCAACUGCCAUCAACGUGAAUCAUACGAAGAUGUGAGAGCAUUUGUAUCAUGGUUCCACUGGUUCAAUCGCGGUUAGGUUUAUAAGAUUCAUCCGCUAAUGUCUAUACUUCCAUGGGGGAAGGUUUUCCGAUAGUCCCAAAGGUUGUGAGUAGCGACUGGGGGACGUGCAGGGCGCGUAAAAGACGUUGCGACGUAAGCGGCUAGUGAAAAAUGAGGAAGAAUAGAAUUUCAUUGUUCCUCUGCACACAUAAGGAAUACCUUUAUCGAAGAUUAAGAUAAUUUCCGGCAAACUUUAAUUGCAUAUAAGUUGCAUUCUACUAAUUCCGAGUCGUCGUAUCACCUCGUUCUGCCUCAAGCAAAUAACGUUAAACGAUUGGCGCGAGUGUAGUUUUGAAAAAAUUUUUCGUGAAAGCAAUGCUGUCUUUGCCUCGAUUUCUCUCGUUAGUGUGAAUUUCCUGUUAGAAUUACUACUACUUGUAUUCGAGUUUUCCGCAGAAUCGUUCAGAAUCACGCGACAGAUCCGUUGCGGAAGCUAGACAUUUUGUCUUUUGCCAUUGAUCACAGCUAGAACAGACUGGUUUAGGUAGAUUUUGUAAAUUAUGACUCACGAUACAUUUUAUAUUUGUGACAUAUGAAUUGAACGUACCCAUUUGGUGCAUGUAUGUUUUAUAUAUAUAUAUAUAUAUAUAUAUAUAUAUAUAUAUACACAUAUACACACAUAUACAUGUACAUACAUACACAUAUUAUAUACGUCGAGGUUCACUACGGAGGAUUUAUUGCUCGCAACGGAAUUCGAGGUGGAAUUUCGUUGUGUAAUUUCACCUGUCGUACACAAUAGAGCAGACACGUUUGUAAAGAUUUAUGGAUGUGUACAUAUACUGAGUUCCAAUCUGGUUGGAAUUCUUUUUUUUUAGAUGCAGUUUGGAACACCGUCAAUAAUCUAAUGAGAAAACUUGUGGGAAAUAAUAAAAAACAAGUUCUCUCGUUGCAAUAUUGAUUAUAUUUCAAACUGCAUCAAAAGAAGAGGGCUUAAAGAGUGCCAGUUUUGAAACCCAGUGUAGUACAUCUAUAAAUACAAUUUCGAGUAUUCGAAAAUACUCUCGAGAACAGGCAAAAUUCUAUCUCGAAUUCCCGAUCGCCCGAAGUGUACUUCACGAGACGAUAAACAUUGUCGCGGAGAUGUCGUCGCGUGUAAGUUAUACAUGUGCGUGUAUGUCGUGCGAAGUCUGAGAUUUGUACAUAUACUGUUUAAAUGUAGCUUUCAUAAACUCGUGGAAUUGGAAUUGUUUAUGUAUACAUUGUUUUUGAAUACACAUUUAUUCCAUAAAACGCGCUUUUCAUCGAACGAACGAACGAACGAACGAACGACAACCAGAACGGCUCUACUUGUGGUAAAUGGCAGUCUUUAUUAUGACCGAUAUCGUCGCCGCUAUGACACACAGCUAAUCGAUAUAAUUGACUUUCGUUGAGAGCCUGCGUGUAGUCUUUAAAAUAGCAGAACGCGCCAACAUGUUGUUGCAUAGACACGCCUUCAAUACUUAAUGUAAUGUAAUGUGCGUAAUCGAGAUUUCGGGUGGAGUAACACGUGUGCAAUCGUGUGUCAAUUAAGAGCGGCAGUAUUGCUCUUUACCUUACCUACCUAUUUGCUUAUUGUUUCCCUUGUGCGUUGUCGAACGUAUAUUUACUUUUUUACGUUACGACAUCUCCGUUCGCGGCGGGGACAUCGUUGUUGUAAAAUGUUACGGUUGGUUCGUGCAAUUGAUCCGUCUGAGAGCUCUCAAACAAUGAUAGACAAACUAUUACAGCAGAACGAUAAGCGUGUAGCGAGGAUGUUAAGAUUAGCCUUAAAGUUGAACAGAAGUAUUAAUUGAGCUGUAAAAUGUAUAGGAUGAUUUAUAUAAACGAUUCGCGCGCGCGCGUCUUGAUGUAACAUAUUAUAUACUGUACACGUUUCACGCACUUUCCACUUCAAAGUUGAUGUACGGGAAAUACGGAUUAUAAUGAUAUUAAUGAUAAUAAUUAUGUACACUGUAUAUUAUAUUAAUAUUACGAUUACUGUCUCACAUUAUUAUUGAUAUUAUAAUAAAGAAUAAUGCAAAUCAG